GAACUCCAAGUGGUCUCGAAGUCUCAAGCCAGUAAAAUGGAAAACGAAACAGAGACAGUGAAUGAACUUCAAAUUGUUGAAACAGUUGGUGAAAGUAAUGCUUCAACUGAUUCAGAUUCAACAACCAAUAACAUUGAAUCUGAACCUGGUUCGAAGAAAAGAAAAAUGGUUAAAGAAAGAUCAAUGGCUUGGCGCUACUUCAACAAGUUCACUGAUUCCGAGGGUGUGAAAAAAGCGAGGUGCAAGUUUUGUUCAGAAGAAUAUGUAGCUGAUACUAAGCAUAGCGGCACAAGCAAUUUGUUAUUGCAUAUUCCCAAAUGUCCGACCAAUCCCUACAAGGCAGAAGGUAGCCAGACAACAUUAGGUUUUCAGCCGCAAGGUCUAACAGAUUUAAAGAAGCAUAAGAAAUGUGGCGGAGUUGAUUUUAAAACGGAGUUAGAUAAAUAUUUGGGUGAAGAUUUUGAGGAAGACCAUGAAAAGUUUAACAUUCUGGGGUGGUGGAAGUUGAACUCACCUAGAUUUCCCACUCUUGCUGAGAUGGCACGUGAUGUGCUAGCCAUUCCGAUUUCUAGUGUUGCCUCAGAAUCAGCCUUUAGCACCGGCGGACGCAUACUUGAUCCAUUUAGGAGUUCAUUGACUCCUAGAUUGGUUCAAGCUCUUGUGUGUGUCCAAGAUUGGCUUCGUAAUGAAUCAACAACUUCGAUUAAAAUUGAAGAAGAUUUAGAUAAUCUUGAACAACUUGAAGCUGAAUUUAUGAAUACGGGAAGAGAGCCUUGCAUUGUCGACAUAUAGUGAUUUUCCAUUUGUUGUACAAGCUCAG